AUGCGUUUUUUUCUUGCCUAUGCUGUUAUUUCCGUCUCAGUGGCUUUCGGAGCAGUUGCAAAUGACCAACAGGAUACCGCAGUCGGAUUAUUUCCUUUUUGUGUGAACGGACGCGAACACUGCUUAGAGGUCCUUUCUGCAAACGCCACGGCUCCAUCGAGAACGGUACCUUUUGGAAGAAAGGCGAGGUUAAGCAAUGCUCUUCUACACACGUACACCAAGGCAAAUAGAGCUUCAGAUUUUCAGCGUAGACAAACAAGUGCUUCAGGGAUUCCACAGGUUGAGCGAACGGGAGUUGUACAGGUAUUCGACGACUCGAAUGAAUCUAUUGGCUAUGUUUCCGUGACUACUGAAGACGGCGCUAUAUAUCGUGUUGAUUCCGCCCUGAUGAACGCCGCAAUCGUGACUGUGUCUUCACAGGCGACCUCGGCGAGUGGAACUGGGUUACGAGUCAGCGUCACUGGAAGUGAUAUCAGCGCGCGGUAUCCUCUUCUUGGCCUUGUUCAAGGGCGUGAUAAUGUCGAUGCAAAUAUUGGGUUUGGAUCAUACCAUUAUCUCUAUUUAGCAGGCGUUGCACUUCCAGGAACUUCGCCCCAAGACUCCCCCACAAUCAUUGAUAAUUCUUAUAAUGACGCGACCGAAUUAAGUCUGGCUGCUGAGACGGAUUUGUGGGAGAUUAAUUUCAGUACAGGUACAAUGACAACGACAUGGGUCAAUACGAAUGGAACGCCCGAGAAUACUGUUUUGUUUGUUCAGGAUGGUAUCAUUUAUGCAGGGGGUGAUAUGGACGCGUUUGCCAAUGAGUAUAGUGGAUCUUCAGUGACAGGCAUCACCUUAAAAUUUGUAUUCUGA